UCCUGCGAGGAAGCCCCAGAAACCCUGUCCUCACUGGCUAGUCCCUGCCUGAGUCACCCUGGAGACCCCAGCGCCCUGAGGCCCCGUGGCUGCCGUUGGAAGGCGUUGGCCACUCUCCUCCUCGCUUCCUGCCGUUGAGUUGGGUUCGCUGCUUGAGGAUCACGUGUUGCUCCUGCAGGCCCAUGGGGAGGCUCAGCGGAGUUGCAGAGCCCCAAACCUGAACUGUUGCCAAGACCUUGAACCAUAUAUUCUUGUGGUGACAGUGGCCUUAGGGGAAAAAAUUCUCUCUCCGGGGUGACUAGGUCAGAGCGGCGCAAGCCUUCUUAAAUAAUGCAACUGACCUAUGUGGUGGCCUUUGGAGGGACCACGGUAGUGGUAACUAGAGAAGACUUACCGCAGUCCUCAGCGACCCAGAGGAAAAGAGGGCGUGACAUCAUUGGAUAGUUACUUCUGAUCUCAGGGACACAUGUGGACUCAGAAGAAAAUCACUUCUUCCUUUCUCCUCAAUUAGCACCCUGUCUCUGUAAGGGGCCUGGAAAAUAGAGAUGAUAUUGAAGGUUCUGAAAUUGCCCCCCCCCACCCCCUUCCCUCUAUUCCAUUGGGUUGGGAAGCCAUUGCUGACACAUGGAUCGGACAAAGUACAAUUUAGCCACUGUUACGGGUUCAGUUGAUAUGUUGAAGAUCUAACCUCGGGUAUCUCAGAAUAGAUGUACUCUCAAAAACCUGGACCUGGGUGACUGAGAAGACACGCAUACAAUUAUACCAGCACAAGAAACCCUGGAAAUAAUCCAAAUGUUCAUCAUCGGCCAGAGAAUAAAAUAAAAACAAGUCAUAUCGGAGGUGCAGUGACUUGCUCAAGGACCCAGAAAAAGUAAAUUUCAGGACUAGAGGUCAAAGUCAGCUCUUGUGAUGCCAGAUCCUGGACUUCUGCUCUAGUGCUGUCACAGAUAUAAAGAAAAAACCUUCACUACAUAUUUUCCAUUAUAACUUCAUUUCUGAUUUUAUCUGAAAUGUUACCAGAUUUUGUCAGUACUCCGCUUACUUCUUUCAUUUUAUCUGAUCAUGUAGGCUUGCUCAAACUAACUUUCAAUGAACCAGGGCAUAAACUGAAAAAAAACUUCAAUACCCACAAAAAAAGAAAUUGUGUUGAUGUUUUAUAUUCCCAUCCAGUUCUGGGCUUUGAAACCGCAUCUUUAUCCAACUGUGAUGUUAAGGGAUAUAUAAUUUUGCAUAUUGUUAAUUUCUUUGAAUGCUCCAACAGGAACAUGCUUUUGUGUUGCUCCAGUCUUUUUGAUGAUGGUUUUCCAUGACUGUAUUUUUUUCUGUAAAGGAGACAAGGCCGUUCCCACACCAUUGGACAUUCAGACUGGUUCUUCACUGGUUUUCCAAGGCUAGUGGACCAUGAGGGUCCUGUAGGAUUUCUCACUACCCCAAGCCUUCCCACUAGAGCUUUCUUUCACUGCCUUCACAUCUCGUCCAUCCCAUUCUAGGGGGAUGGGUAUUGGAUAUGUGUCAACUGGGACCUCAUUCAGGGUUCUUUACUCAGAUAAUUGCAUGCCUUUUCCACUUUUACCAAGUCAGGCUCUAGUCCCUAAAUUCCCUAGGUCUUUGUUACGUAAAUCACCUCAAAACCCAUUUUGGAACAAAGUAUGGUAUAAAUAAAGAGAGUGAAUAGACUUCCUGGGAGGAUAAGGAUUCUGCUUCCAAAUGAUCCAACACUACUGUGCAAAACGAGUGAUUUCCUGCUUAUAACAAUUGCAUGUGUUAAUCUGUUAGGUGCUGGUAUAAACAGUAAGGUGUAUAGUUUAACCCAAGGCCUGGGAACAAAGGUCUCUUUCUCUUUUACUUUAGAAAAGGUGAUGGAUUCAGAAGAAAUAGCUUUGAGGGAGGCACUGUAGGGAAGCGGUUUUAAGCACACAGGAUAAUGAGCCAGUUGGAUCUGGAUUCUUCUCCCAACCCUGCUUUUAAUGGCUGUGAGCCCCUGGGCAAGUUGUUUAUUCUCUAUGAACCAUAGUUUCUACAUCCUUAACUUCCUUAGAGGAUUGUUUAGGGAUUAAAUAAGACCCAGUAUAUAGUGAAGGUGGAGUAAACAUUAAUAUUAUCCUUGGGAUGGUUUCUCUGGAAUUACAAUUUCAAAACUUUUAAUACAAGAUAAUAACACACACAAAAUAACGACACAACUGGAGUGAUCAGAGUUUCCACUGAAGGGUUGUUUUUCACUUUUUCCCAGUGUGAUUUUCAGAAUCAGGAAGAAUAUCAGGCCUCUAACUGUGGAUACAGCCUGCAGCUAUGGGCUUAAAUGAAUGAAUGAAUGACUGGAGUGUAGUCUUGGGUAAAUAAUUUAAUUUCCCUGUAUCUCACUUCCUCUUCUGUAGAAUACUGAUUCAUGGAAAACUAAUGGUUUUGGAAAAUCCUCUAGAUAGAGGCUGGGUUUGCAGCCGUGCUUAUGUUGCCCUAUGAAUAUGAAAGUGCUAGCAGCAUAAUUCCUCAAAUCCCACGUCCUGUUUGGUGGCAUUUACCCACCGAUGGAAUAUUUGUGUGUUCGUGUCACAAAAGCCCUUGGAAGAGCCAUUUUCAUUGGGAUCUAACUUGCAGUGAGCUGGCACAUUGGCAGGACAUAAUGCAGGUGUGCUUCGCUUUAGAGAAGACCACAUGCCCACUAAUUUGCAGAUUGGCCUGAAGAAUCAGAGGGAAUGAUCCAGGCAGAGAUUCCAGACACCUCUCUGCUUGCAAGUUGGGCUUUGGCAGGAAUGGUUUCUACUUCCUGGUUGCAUGAUUCAUGCUUGUCCCAUCAAAAAAGGACAUUCUAAAGGAGAACAGUGAUCAAUUAAGAAAGAAAAUAUUAUGGGGCGCCUGAAUGGCUCAGUUAAGUGUCUGACUUUUUUUUUUAACAUUUAUUUAUUUAUUUGAGAGAGAGAGAAAGAACAGGCACAGGAGGGGCAGAGAGAGAGGGAGACACAGAAUCCGAAGCAGACUCCAGGCUCUGAGCUGUCAGCACAGAGCCCGACGUGGGACUCAAACCCAUGAACCAUGAGAUCAUGGCCUGAGCCGAAGUCGAACGCUCAACCAACUGAACCACUCAGGCGCCCCAUCCCACUCUUGAUUUUUACACAGGUCAUGAUCUCAUGGUUCAUAAGUUCGAGCCUCAUGUGGGGAUCUGCAAUGACAUUGCAUAACCUGCUUGGGAUUCUCUCUUUCUCUCUGCCCCUCCCCAACUAGUGUUCAUGAUCUCUCUCCCUCCCUCUCUCUCUCUCUGUCAAAAUAAAUGAACUUAAAAAACGGGGGGGGGGGGGCACCUGGGUGGCUCAGUCAGUUAAGCGUCCAACUUCAGCUCGGGUCACGAUCUCGCAGUUCAUGAGUUUGAGCCCCACGUGGGGCUCUGUGCUGACAGCUGGGGGCCUGGAGCCUGCUUCAGAUUCUGCGUCUCCCUCUCUCCCUGCCCCUUGCCUGCUCACACACUCUCUCUCUCUCUCUCAAAAAUAAACAUUAAAAACAAAAACAAAACAAAAAGGGAAAGAAAAUAUUAAUUACUAACAAAAGGAAACAUUCACUCGUCUUAUCUCUAAGGAUUUGGAAAUAAUGGUACUUAUUAUUGAAAAGCAAGGAUAAUGGAAAAUACUUAAUAGUAGACUGACUUGCUUUAAGAAUUAACAUUCUGCGUGUAAAGUGCAAUGCAAUCCACACAUGCACACAAUGCCUGACACACAACAGACUUGGUGAAUUAUAAUGAACUGAGCGAAUGGAGAUGAAGAAAGGAAAGAGAGAAGGAAGGAAGAAAUUAGCCAAGAGCUGGGCCUUAGGAAACAAGGUACGAUUCAUCGUUUCAAUGACCCUAGGCAAGUAUCUUAACCUGAGCCUCAGUUUCUCAUCUGGUAAAAAGAAGCAAUGUCCACCUCACUGGUUUGUUGUGAGAAACCGAAUAAUGCAGUUAGAGAGAGAUGUGGUUAAAAGCACCUGACAGUCAUAAGACCUGGAUUGUAGCUCAGGUUCAAUUCCACACAAUAUAAUUCACUCAAAUAUUUACUGAGCACUUAUUAUUUGCCUGGCAUUGUAUUCCAGGUGCUGGAAUUGGAUAAAAAUUAAUAAGACAGCUAGGUUUGUCCCUUGUAUAGGGCAACUGGGAUGGAAGCAGACCCAGAUUCUGAAUCAGAGCACUUUUAUUUUACCUACAUUCAAAAGAGGUCCCCCCAAAGUCCCUGAGUCAUGCCAGUCUUUGCCCUCAAGAAACUCAUAGUCUCUUAAGGGACACAAACCUGUAAACCAAAAAUUCCACAGCAGCAUGCUAAACACAGCAAUGGUGGUAUAUAAAAUAUGUACGGAGGGAAUAAGGAACGGCUGAGGAACUGUAGAGGGGGAGUCCGGUAAAGGGUCCUGAAGCGGAUGCUGUCUCGCUGAAUUAUGGAAAACAAACAGGAGUUCCUACAGAGAGAAAAAGAAAGGACAUUUUAGAUAACAGGAAGCAUUACAUGCAAAGCCAAAUAAAUAGGAAGUUGCUAGUUCCAGGUUCUGCCAUUAACUGACUUUAUUUACCUUUAUGGAAUUUCCCCAAGUCCCUCCAGCUUCCAGUUUUCUCAUAUUAGAAAAUGAAGUUUGGGGGAGGGGGGGAAGAGGCAACAUAGAUUUUCUGUAAGGGGCUUUCUAACCGGUACCUCCCCACUGAAGCAGAGAGAAAAGGGUAGCGUUGGAAACAUCACGUGAUAUUUUUAGGGUAUGAGCUAGAGGCCCCAUCUUUUGUGACAAAAGAUGAUCGUCUGCAGUCGUCCAGAAAGUUUUGCGUAAUUCACCCACUUCACCAGUAUUUAUGGCAUUGAUUGAGCCAGGCUGUAUGCUAGUACGGAGGCCACCAUCCAGCAGAGGGAGACGUGUAAUAAGUACACGAAUACCAUGGAAACCAUAUUGGUCGGCUCAUGGCGGGUGCGUGGAAGCAGUAAAAUAGAAGAACCUAGGGCAUGUCCCUGUGCAGGGUGACAGGAUUUAGCUCCUACCAAAAAGGAACUUCCUGCUUCCUCAUCCUGUUUCACCUUCUCCAACAGGCCGCUAGCAUUUUCCACCACCACAAAUUCUCCCUGGGCAGGGCGACCAGGCGUCCUCUCUUCACCUGCAACCUUUUCCAGGCCUGUGUAAGGGGCUCCAGGCACGCAGAGUGGAUGCAGGUCCCAAGACUGACCGGAGGGUCACACCCAAGCACCCACUGCAGGGGCCCCAGCGGCGGCGGGCAGGGGUGACUUGGAAGGCGGGCUGUCCCCUGGCUCCAGGGGUUGGGCUCUAGGCCGGCUGGGCGGGACUCGGGCUGCCAGUAUAAGACAGGAGCGCCACUGUCCUGGCCAGAGUGCUGAAGCUGGCGCCCCAGCCAGGACCGCGAGGCAGCCGGCCCUGAACUUGCAACUCUCGACCCACAGUGACUGAAGAAGAAGGAAAGGUCUGAUUUCGAUUACUUCGUUUAUUUAGUACCAAGGAAUGGAAGGCGGGCAGGUUUGUGGGUGGAGGAGAGCUCGGCUUGGAUUGGCCAGGGGCCAACGCAGGCCCGCUGGUACCCCUCGGGGGGCCCCCGGUAGCGGUCUACACUCAGCAGCUUCUCUCUCGCGCAGGAGGGCCGCCUGCCACCACUCUCAGCCUCAGCCUCGGAGGAUGCGGCUCCUCGGGAGACUCCGCGCCUCCACUCCGGAGCCCGCUUUCUCCAACGUGCUCACGCCGGACCGCAUCCCCAAGUUCUGCAUCCCGCCGCGGCUGCCCGCGUCCUACGCGCCCGAGUCUCCGCCUCCGGCCGCCGCUCUGCCCCGGCGCUGCGCAGCCGAGCCGGACCUGUGGCCCAGAGGAGCCGACGACAGCGCGGGGCACACGGACUGGGACCCGCGCUCGCAGGCAGCCCUAUCGCUGCCGCACCUGCCCCGCGCGCUCACCGCCUACGGCUUCUGCGCGCUGCUCGAGAGCCCGCACACCCGCCGCAAGGAGUCGCUCUUCCUCGGGGGCCCUGCAGCCGCCCCGCUGGUGCCCCAGGACUCGGCUCCUGCCUCCGCCCCCGCGCUCCCCGCGGGCCCUGGCCCCACCCGGGACGCGCCCGCCCCGCCGGCCCGCGCCCGCCGCCUCCUGCGCGCCCCCGAACGGCUGCUGAGCCGCGCGCUGUGGGCCCGGACGAGCCGAGGCCUGGUCCGCGCCCCCUCCGUGUCCAGCGGGGACGGUGACGAGGACGAGGAGCGCGGCGCCGUCUCGGACCCCCCUUCCCAGGCCCCCUCCGCGUCCCCGCCGCCGCCGCCCUGCCCCGGCCCGCGUCCCGAGCGCCUGGAGGCCGAGGGCACCGUGGCCCUGGGCCGCGCCGGGGGCGCCCUGCGCCUGGCCGCCGAGUACAGUCGGGCCAGCGGGCGGCUCCGCGUCCGGCUGCUGGGCACCGAGGGCCUGGCCGCGGGAGCCGCCGAGCCCCCCGCCGUCGGCUGCCGCGUCAGCUUCGUCCUGCGGCCGCCGGGCCAGCCGCGCUCGCAGCGCAGCGCCGUGGUCCGGCGGAGCCGCAAGGCCGCCUUCCACCAGGACGUGUGCUUGGACGGGCUCUCGGAGGAGCAGGUGCGCCGCCUGGCCGUGCGCGUCAAGGCCGAGCAGCGGGGUCGCGGCCUGGAGCGGGGCCGCCCGCUGGGCCAGGGCGAGCUGCUGCUGGGCUCCCUGCUGCUGCCCUGAGGGCGCCCGGGGCUCAGACCGCCCCCUCGGGGCGCCCUCGGACCGCUGGCAACUCGGACACCGAAAGCCGCUUCGGACAAAAUAAAUGUUAUUUAUUCAUUUUUCAA